UUUCUACAUUUCUUUACACAAUAUACAACAUAAACUAAUAUUUAUUAUAUCCUAAUAUUAUUUUAUUGUAGUAUUGUUAUAUUAUAGUAUUUGUGUUGAUACCUUAUUUGGUAUCGGUGGCAGUAGAAUAAUCCAGAAUAAUAAUUAUUAAUUGAUAUGUGAAACAGGCGCUAGAAUAUGAAAAGGAAUAAAUCACGUAGUAAGUCACGCAGUAGACACAAAUACAAACGAGAUUCCUUGAGUAAAGAGAGGGAUCGAAGAGAUAGAAGUAGAGAUAGAGAUAGAAGAUACAGGUCAAGAGAUAGACGAAGUCGAUCAAGAGAUAGAAGGAGUAGGUCCAGGGAUUGGAGAAGUAGAUCAAGAGAGAGAAGUAGUAGAAGGAAUUAUAGAUUUGAUUCACCACCCAAACUUGAUGCUAAAAAACAAUUUGGAUUGGCCAACUAUGCAGCGCAGUCAGGAUUGGAGGGACUUGGUUCUAAAGCGUUUAGGGAGAUUUAUAUUGGUAAUAUUCCACCAGUGGGUGAUAUUGAGAUUUUGAUGGAUAUAAUAAACCAGGCAUUGAUAUCAGUGAAUGGGACUAGUAUGCCUGGGAAUCCUUGCCUUAAGGGCUGGAUCAGUUCUGAUGGCCACUACGCCUUCAUUGAGCUGAGAACAAUGGAGGAGGCCAGUAACUGUAUGCAACUAACGGGUUUGAACAUCAUGGGCCACAACAUAAAGGUGAACCGUCCAAAGACAUUCGACGCUGACGUAUUCUCAAAGGCGCCUAGUCCAACUGUGCCAACACUUGACCCAUCACUACUUGCCAUGGGAGUUCAAGCACUCAAGAGCGCAAAGGAACAAAUCGCAGCAGCAUCAGAUAUACUUGCAGCGGAAAAGGCUAAACCAAUAACUGAUCGUUUGUGCUUAGUAGGAAUACCAAAGGAUACUGACCAACAAACUGUUGUAGAUACAUUACGAUUACAUGGAACUAUCAAAUUCACAAAUUUCAUCAUGGAGAAGGGAGAAAUGGUUGUAUUGUUUGAGUAUGAAAAUUUGGAAGACCAGAAGACAGCUUUAGAAUCCCUUCCGAAACAAGGAUAUCGAGUGAUUCUAGCCAUUGACGCUGUUACUCAGGGGAUUAUUUCACCUCAGCAAAUUAAAACUCAGCUUGCAAAUUGUAGUUUAAUGAGGGCAGAAAUACCAACAAGAGUUCUUUUGUUAUCAAACCUCGUCUCGAAAGAUGAACUUGAGGAUGAUGAAGAGUAUGUAGACAUCAUUGACGACGUCAGAUGUGAAUGUGAGCUUUAUGGAGUGGUUCUGAGAGUUGAGUUACCAAGAGUGCCAAAAGGUCUGACCGAAGAGGAGAUGAAGGCUUUUGACCCAACAAGUGUCGGUUCAGCCUUUGUGCUCUUCUCAACAGUCGAGUCAGCGUCAAAAGCAAGGAAAGUACUCGACGGAAGGAAGUUUGGUCAGAGAACAGUUCAUGCCCAUUUUUUCAGUGAAUUGUAUUUUCUGACAGGUAAAUUUGGAAACCCAAAACCUAACUUCGCAAAGGAACACUCCUCAAUUUACAAUACAGAGUUGAUAACUAACCCAAACAUCGCAGCAGAUAUACUAAAUAAGUUGGAAACCAAUCAUGAAACCAAUAAUACCACUUAACAAAGAUACUAUAUAAUAUAGUUAAUACUAGAAUAAAUAUAAUUUAGUAAAAAU